AUGACAGACGUGGAGGAGCGGCCGCACAAGAAGCGGCGCUUCUUUGUCGAUGAUUCUCCUGCUGCAGAAUCAUCGCUCCCUCGUGCGAACAGCGUCGCAGAUUCAUCACAGCCUCCCGCACACUCACCACCUGCAGUCGAAAGCGACGAUGCGCUUCCGAUCGACGUUUUCGAUACCGGCCUGUUCAAGGCGGUCGUAGGAGAUGGUCUACCAGACUCUGCGGUGCUAAGCUUACAGAAGAGAUUCGGAGACAACCUGGAGAGCGCCAUCAACGCCUAUUUUGAUGGAUCAUGGAAGACUCCUUCUCCCCAGAAACCGCCGUCCAUCCCACAAGCAACAGCACAGAAGCCACCCUCCUUGUCAAAGCAACUCAGUAAGGAUGCCACCUCUGCGCAGAAAUCCCACGAGGCUGCGACGGCAUCUUCGCCUCCGCCCAAACCGCCGCCACUCGAGGUCAUGCCGAGCAAGAGAUAUAUCGGAGCGCUUGGAGUCGCAGGAUGGAUGACGAAAAGUGGCUCGGGCUUACUCAAGCCCGGUGACAAUGUCAAAAUCGAACGGUCGAAACAACGCCCGUCACAGAAGCUGGGUGCGGGUGGCAAGAUCAGACAGCCUCUCCGGCAAAAGGUGGAUGUCAUCGUUCGCUUCAUUGACUCCCACGGCAGCGAGCUUGGCCGGCUGGAGCAAGAGCCUGCCACAUGGAUCUCGACUUUGCUGGAUCAGAAUGUCUGCUCCUUCGAAGGCCAUUGUAUCUUUGCCCCCGAGCGCGUCCGGACGAAUGACACCGUCUACCUCCAGCUCACGUGCUACCUGCUCAAGCAAGCUUUCGAUGCAAACAACUACAUCAGACCGCUUGACAAUAACCGCCAAACGGGCCUCUUCGAAGCGAAAGAGACACAGGAUGAGCGAGAUCUGAGAAUGAGACAGAUUGGGCUCGUCAAGCUGUUUCAAGAGAUCAAUCUUCACCCCUCGCAGAUCAACGAGCAAACAGCAAAGCACAAGCGGGAAGGCAUAUUACAAGCCGCUGAAGUGGCUGAGAGGUACGAAGUCGACGGGUCCACGGGCAAGAAACACGGAUCGGAUUCGGGCAAAAGUACGCCAAUGGAAAAUCCGGGAUCAUCACCGCCUUCGGAGGGGAACGAGGAGGGCGAGGAACUGGAGCAAGACCAGCUUGAUACGCUCUACAGGAAGGCGCAAUCUUUCGACUUCAACACCCCAGAAGCCGAGCCGGCCGCCUCGUUCGACAUGGAUCUCCGAAAGUAUCAGAAGCAAGCUCUGCAUUGGCUCAUGUCCAAGGAGAUAGCAUCAACGCAGGACCAUAAGGAGCAAUCAAUGCACCCACUCUGGGAAGAGUACCACUGGCCAUCGAAAGACGUAGAUGGAAAAGACUUGCCAAUCGUCGCCGGCGUCGAUGCAUUCUACAUCAAUCCAUACAGCGGCGAGAUCAGUCUGGACUUCCCUGUACAGGAGCAGAAUUGCUUAGGAGGCAUUUUAGCAGAUGAGAUGGGCCUCGGAAAGACGAUUGAGAUGCUGAGUUUGAUCCACACCCACACGAGCCCAGAACAAAAGGCUGCGAUGAACAGCAGUGGCGAGAGACGUCUCGAUUCUGUCAACAGCUUGCCCCGCCUCCCCAAGUCGUCAGCAUCAGUCGAACCGGCGCCUGCUACCACACUGGUCGUCGCCCCGAUGAGUCUGCUUGCACAAUGGGCCAGUGAAGCGGAAAAGGCGUCGAAGCACGGCACCCUGAAAGUCAUGAUGUACUAUGGCGCCGAGAAGACCGCCAAUCUUCAGACUCUGUGCUGUGCUGCUAAUGCCGCAUCGGCGCCCAACGUCAUCAUCACAAGCUACGGCGUUGUGCUAUCUGAAUACAAUACCGUCGCGUCGUCCUUCGUCGGAAACCGUGGCAGCCACGGGGGCCUGUUCUCCAUUGAGUACUUUCGUGUGAUUCUCGAUGAAGCGCACAUGGUGAAGAACCGGCAAAGCAAGACCGCCAAGGCGUGCUAUGAGCUUUCCGCGAUCCAUCGAUGGGUGCUGACUGGUACGCCGAUUGUCAACCGACUGGAAGAUCUGUUCAGCCUGGUGAGAUUUCUACGCGUCGAGCCGUGGAGUAACUUCAGCUUCUGGAAGACUUUCAUCACAUCCCCCUUCGAAAAAGGCGAGUUUGUUCGGGCGUUGGACGUCGUACAGACUGUGCUUGAGCCGCUGGUGCUGCGGAGAACGAAAGACAUGAAGACGCCUGAUGGCGAAGCUUUGGUGCCUCUACCGCCCAAGGUUGUCGAAAUCGAACGGGUCGAGCUGAGUACGCCCGAGAGGGAAGUAUAUCAACACAUCUACGCCCGGGCGAAGAGGACUUUCGCCGCGAACGUCGAGGCCGGCACUCUAAUGAAGAGCUACACCACCAUCUUCGCGCAAAUCCUGAGGCUACGACAGAGCUGCUGUCAUCCGAUCCUGACGAGAAACAAGGCUUUCGUGGCAGAGGAGGAGUCUGCUGCAAAGGAAAGCGAUAUUGCCAAUGGUCUUGCGGAUGACAUGGAUCUGGACUCGUUGCUUGAACGGUUUCAGGCAGAUGAAGGAGAACAGGAUGCGUCCAGAUUUGGAGCGCACGUCCUAAAGCAGAUCCAGGAAGAAGCGGAGAUGGAAUGUCCGAUUUGCUCCGAGGAGCCGAUGAUCGAGCAAGCGGUAACUGGCUGCUGGCAUUCGGCUUGUAAGAAGUGCCUGCUGGACUACAUCCAGCAUCAAACAGACAAAGGGGAGAUUGCAAGAUGCUUCAACUGUCGAGAGCCUAUCAUUGCACGAGACGUGUUUGAAGUUGUGAGACACGACGAUGAUGAAGACGGCGAUAAUGGGCAGAACAUUGCAUCCAAGGCGCUCAUGGGUGCCAUCGAAGACGACGAAGAAGAAGAAGAGCUAUACUCCAGCACGCAGCUUGACCAAGCCAAAACCCCAACCAGGAUAUCCCUCCGACGAAUCAACCAACUCUCGAGCGCGAAAAUCAACACCCUCCUCUCGCAACUCAAAAAGCUCAAGCGCGCCGAGCCCGCGACGAAAUGCGUCGUCUUCAGCCAAUUCACCUCCUUCCUCGACCUCCUCGCCUCCGCCCUCCACACCUCCAACAUCUCCUACCUGCGCUUCGACGGCUCCAUGUCGCAAAAGGACCGCGCCACCACUCUCACCACCUUCGCCACCCGCCCGAAGUUCACCGUGUUGCUCAUCAGUCUGCGCGCCGGCGGCGUCGGGCUGAACUUGACGUGCGCGCGCCGCGUGUUCAUGAUGGAUCCUUGGUGGUCGUUUGCGGUGGAGGCGCAGGCGAUUGAUCGCGUGCAUCGCAUGGGGCAGAGUCAGGAGGUUAAGGUGACGCGGUUUGUGGUGCAGGAGAGUAUUGAGGAGAAGAUGCUGCGGGUGCAGGAGAGGAAGAAGUUCAUUGCAAGCUCGCUGGGCAUGAUGAGCGACGAGGAGAAAAAGUUGCAGCGCAUCGAGGAUAUUAGGGAGCUGUUGAGUUGA